AAAUGUUUCAUAUCUUUUAUAUUACAGUUCUUUUGCCACGAAAAUGGUUUUCACAAUCUUGAACAUGUACUAUUCAUGCUGAUGGGACAAGAUUCAAUAUGAAUAUAAAUGAUGGAGGAAGACGACGCUUUGAGGAUAAUGAACAUACAUUACAUAUAUAUCCUGGGACAAUUUCAGAAGGGACAAUCUACUGUCCUAUUCCUGCCAGAAAAAACUCCACAGCUGCUGAGGUGAUCGACUCUCUUAUAAACAGACUUCAUCUUGACAAAACAAAAUGUUAUGUUCUAGCAGAGGUAAAGGAAUUUGGUGGAGAAGAAUGGAUACUCAAUCCAACAGACUGUCCAGUUCAACGAAUGAUGUUGUGGCCUCGAAUGGCUCUGGAAAAUCGCCUAAGUGGAGAGGACUACCGAUUUCUUUUGAGAGAAAAAAACCUUGAUGGGUCAAUCCAUUAUGGCAGUCUUCAGUCAUGGCUACGGGUAACAGAAGAACGUCGCAGGAUGAUGGAACGGGGUUUUCUUCCACAGCCUCAACAGAAAGACUUUGAUGAUUUAUGUAGCUUACCUGAUUUGAAUGAGAAAACUCUCUUAGAAAAUCUACGAAAUCGCUUUAAGCAUGAAAAAAUUUAUACCUAUGUUGGCAGUAUUCUAAUAGUCAUUAACCCAUUCAAGUUUCUUCCUAUUUAUAACCCCAAAUAUGUAAAAAUGUAUGAUAACCACCAGUUGGGAAAACUUGAGCCUCACAUUUAUGCUGUGGCUGAUGUAGCUUAUCAUACCAUGCUUCAGCGCAAAAAGAAUCAGUGCAUUGUGAUUUCGGGAGAGAGUGGUUCUGGGAAGACUCAAAGCACAAACUUUCUUAUUCACCACCUUACUGCUCUCAGUCAGAAAGGAUUUGCCAGUGGAGUGGAACAAAUUAUUCUUGGAGCCGGACCAGUUCUUGAGGCCUUUGGAAAUGCAAAGACAGCUCAUAAUAAUAAUUCAAGUCGUUUUGGCAAGUUUAUUCAAGUAAAUUACCAAGAAACAGGCACUGUACUUGGUGCCUAUGUUGAAAAAUAUCUACUGGAGAAGUCCAGACUCGUUUAUCAAGAGCAUAAUGAACGGAACUAUCAUGUAUUCUAUUACCUCCUGGCAGGAGCAAGUGAAGAAGAGAGAUUAGCAUUCCAUCUUAAACAACCAGAAGAAUAUCAUUAUCUUAAUCAGAUAACAAAGAAACCCCUCAGACAGAGCUGGGAUGAUUAUUGCUGUGAUUCUGAGCCGGAUUGCUUCACAGUGGAGGGGGAGGAUUUGAAGCAUGACUUUGAACGCUUACAACUGGCCAUGGAAAUGGUAGGAUUUCUUCCCAAGACACAAAGACAGAUUUUCUCUCUUCUAUCAGCAAUACUACAUUUGGGUAAUAUCUGUUACAAAAAGAAGACAUACCGGGAUGACUCCAUAGAUAUCUGUAAUCCUGAAGUUCUUCCUGUUGUCUCAGAAUUAUUAGAAGUUAAAGAAGAGAUGCUAUUUGAAUCAUUAAUUAUGAGAAAGACUGUGACAGUGGGAGAAAAGCUUAUUUUACCAUACAGACUGGCAGAGGCUGUGACAGUGAGGAAUUCCAUGGCUAAGUCUUUAUAUAGUGCCCUAUUUGACUGGAUAGUUUUUCGGAUUAAUCAUGCACUUCUGAAUAGUAAAGAUUUGGAGCAAAAUACUAAGACUUUGUCAAUUGGUGUUCUUGAUAUUUUUGGCUUUGAAGAUUAUGAAAAUAAUAGCUUUGAACAGUUCUGCAUUAAUUUUGCUAAUGAACGUUUACAACACUACUUUAAUCAGCAUAUCUUUAAACUGGAGCAGGAGGAAUACAGAGCUGAAGGUAUCAGCUGGCACAAUAUAGAUUAUAUAGAUAACACCUGUUGCAUAAAUCUUAUUAGCAAGAAACCAACAGGACUGCUCCAUCUUUUAGAUGAAGAAACAGGGAAAGUAAAAUAUGGGGUAAAGGAUUUCCGGGAAAAAAAUACAGAUCAUAUGCGCCCUGACAUUGUAGCUCUUCUGAGAAGUAGCAAAAAUGCAUUUAUCUCUGGGAUGAUUGGAAUUGAUCCUGUAUCUGUUUUCCGAUGGGCGGUUCUCCGAGCCUUUUUCAGGGCUAUGGUUGCUUUCAGGGAAGCUGGGAAGAGACAUAUUCAGAGAAAAACUGGGCAUGAUGAUACAGCGCCAUGUGCAAUUUUGAAAAGUAUGGAUAGUUUUAGCUUUCUCCAACACCCAGUCCACCAGAGGAGCUUAGAGAUUCUGCAGAGGUGCAAGGAAGAGAAGUACAGUGUAACCCGGAAAAAUCCUAGGACACCUCUUUCUGACCUCCAGGGCAUAAAUACUUUAAAUGAAAAAAACCAACAUGAUACAUUUGAUAUUGCCUGGAAUGGCAGAACCCCUGGGAUUCACCAGAGCAGACUAUCAAGUAAUACCUCCUUGCUUGACAAAGAUGGGAUAUUCGCUAACUCAGCUAGCAGCAAACUAUUGGAAAGAGCCCAUGGAAUUCUCACGAGAAACAGAAACUUCAAAUUCAAGCCUGGCCUUCCAAAGCACUUGCUGGAGGUAAAUUCUUUAAAGCACCUGACAAGACUGACUCUGCAGGAUCGCAUUACCAAAUCCCUCCUUCAUUUGCACAAGAAGAAGAAACCUCCCAGCAUCAGUGCUCAGUUUCAGGCCUCAUUAAACAAGCUGAUGGAGACACUUGGUCAAGCAGAACCAUAUUUUGUAAAAUGCAUUCGCUCUAAUGCAGAAAAGCUGCCAUUAAGGUUCAAUGAUGCCUUGGUACUUAGGCAGCUUCGGUAUACUGGGAUGCUGGAGACAGUUCGAAUUCGCCAAUCAGGAUACAGCUGCAAAUACUCUUUCCAGGAUUUUGUGAGCCACUUCCAUGUACUUCUUCCUCGAAAUAUUAUUCCAUCUAAAUUUUACAUUCAGGAUUUCUUCAGGAAAAUAAAUAUUAAUCCAAAUAAUUAUCAAGUUGGAAAAUCUAUGGUGUUCCUAAAGGAACAGGAACGACAGCACCUACAAGAUCUGCUUCACCAAGAGGUGCUCCGCAGAAUAAUAUUGUUACAACGAUGGUUUAGGGUCUUGCUGUGCAGGCAGCAUUUUCUCCAUCUGAGACAGGCAUCAGUUAUCAUUCAGCGAUUCUGGCGGAAUUACCUAAAUCAAAAGCAAGUCAGAGACGCAGCUGUGCAAAAGGAUGCUCUAGUUAUGGCUAGUGCAGCUACUCUUCUCCAAGCUUCCUGGCGUGCUCACUUAGAGAGGCAGCGGUAUUUGGAGCUCCGAACUGCAACCAUCAUCAUCCAGCAGAGAUGGAGGGAGUGCUAUAGGUGGAGGCACAUGGCUGCUAUUUGUAUACAGGCAAGAUGGAAAGGCUACAGGGAAAAUAAGAAGUAUCAAGAACAGAGGAACAAAAUUAUCCUUUUGCAAUCAAUAUGUAGAGGAUUCAGAGCAAGACAAAGAUUUAAAGCUUUAAAAGAACAAAGGCUAAGAGAAGCAAAACUAGAACUUGGAUUGAUGAAUAUUGAGCCACAUGGAGCUCUGAAAAUUCAGGGUUCAGACCCUUCAGAAUGGGAGGAUUGUUCUUUUGACAACAGAGUAAAAGCCAUAGAGGAAUGUAAAUCUGUGAUAGAGAGUAAUCGAAUUAGUUCAGUGGACUGCUUGAAGGAUUCUCCAAACAAACGACAGGAGAGAGCCAGAAGCCAGAGUGGUGUGGACUUGCAGGAAGAUGUGAUUAUAAGAGAGAGACCCAAGUCCUUGGAGGAUCUCCACCAGAAAAAAGUAGGUCGGGCCAAAAGAGAAAGUCGAAGAAUGAGAGAACUAGAACAAGCUAUAUUUAGCUUAGAAUUGCUAAAAGUUCGUUCUCUUGGUGGUGUGUCUCCUUCAGAAGAACGCCGAUGGUCUACAGAACUGAUGCCUGAGGGCCUUCAGUCUUUACAGGGUACACCUGAUAGUGAAAGCUCUCAAGAAAGCUUGGAACUUCUGAGCUUCGAGGAAAGCCAAAAGAGCAAACUAGAGUCUGUAAUGUUAGAUGAAGGAGACUUGCAGUUUCUAUCACCUAAGAUAUCUAGCAGUCAAAAAUUUGAUUCACAGGCCAAUGCCCAAAGUACCUCAAGUGAGACUAACUAUAAAUUGAGUCAAAAGGGAGCAUCCUCUGACUCAAUGCAUUUGAAGAAUGGGGCUAUGAAGGAAAAAUUGGUUUACAGUUCUGAAUCUAUUACCUGUAAGCCACAACUGAGAGACUCCUUUGUUUCCAGUAGUUUGCCUACAUUUUUUUAUAUUCCUCAACAAGACCCACUGAAAACAAGUUCCCAACUAGACACAAGUAUCCAGAGAAACAAACUAAUGGAAAGUGAAGAAACAAUUCCAGCUCUUACUUUGGAUAUUAACAGGAAAACUAGAAAGUAUCGCUACUCAGGAGAAAAUCAAGUUGUUGCUUUGAGUACAGAUUCUUCUAAUACUGUGCUUAAGAAGUUGGAAAAGCUGAACACUGAGAAGGAAGAAAGGCAAAAACAGUUGCAGCAGCAGAAUGAAAAAGAGAUGAUGGAACAGAUUAGACAGCAAACAGAUAUUUUAGAGAGGGAGCGUAAAACCUUCAAGACAAUUGAAAAACGAAGAACUGGGGAGUCUUUUCCAGUAUCAUCUCUCUGUCAAUCAAAACAAAGAGUAGAGAGGCCAUCCUCUCUCCUCAUUCCGAAUACCCCAAAUAAGAAAGAAUCUGAUGUACUAGGGCAUCCAUCAGUAACUGUAAAAGAUGCAGCUCUUGCCCUAAAAGACAGUCCCUCUGCUCACUUUCCCCUGAAGGAUCGACCUGCCACCCUGUUCUUUGAAAGGAAAGGAGGCCCAUGCCAAUCUAGUACUGUCAAUGAAUUAUCCAAGACAGACAGAAUGUGCAACCAACUGAAUGUAGCCUGUAAAUUCAAUAAUAAUGGCAUUUCAAAAAGAGAACACUUUAGGCCAACUCAGUCUAAGAGCCACAAAUUUAAUGACCCUCCCAGAGAUGGAACUACUAUGGCCAUUUUCUUCACACCAAAGGAAAAUAUGAAUAUUUCCCUUGUCAACAGGGAAUCCUUAAACAGUGGAAAUCCUAAAGUCCAUAAACAAGAUGAACCAAUUUGGAAACCUAUGAAGUUAACUGGGCCGGGCCAAAGAGAGACAUCACAACGAUUUUCUUCGGUUGAUGAAGAAACAAAACUUCAUAAGACUAUGUCUCAAGGAGAGAUUACGAAGUUGGCAGUGAGAGAGAAGUCUUCAGAUUCGGAUAUAAGACCUCAGAAAGCGAGGAUGAGAUUCUGGGCCAAAGGGAAACAAGGGGAGAAGAAGACCACCAGGGUGAAACCUGCCACCCAGUCGGAGGUUUUACCGCUCUUGGCUGGCUCAGAUAUGAUUCCAGUGCAUCAGUUUCCAGAUGAAUUAGCUCAGUAUCACCCAACACCUCCUUUGAGCCCAGAAUUGCCUGGUAGUUACCAGAAGGAGUUCAAAGAGAACAAAGAGCCCUCUCCAAAGGCAAAGCGCAAGCGAAGUGUGAAGAUCAGCAGCCUGGCUUUGGAAUCUGUGCAUUGGCAAAAUGACUCUGUCCAGAUCAUAGAAAGUGCCAGUGAUUUAAAGAGCAUGGAUGAAUUUCUUCUGAAAAAGAUGAAUGACCUAGAUAAUGAAGACAGCAAGAAAGACACACUAGUGGAUGUUGUAUUUAAAAAAGCCCUGAAAGAAUUCCGGCAGAAUAUCUUCAGCUUUUAUUCAUCUGCUUUGGCGAUAGAUGAUGGGAAAAGCAUACGGUAUAAAGACCUCUAUGCACUAUUUGAGCAGAUUCUGGAAAAGACCAUGAGACUUGAGCAGCGAGAUUGGAGAGAAUCUCCAGUCAGAGUUUGGGUCAACACUUUUAAAGUGUUUUUAGAUGAAUAUAUGAAUGAAUUCAAGACUUUGGAUUGUAUACCCCCAAAGGUGCCAAAAACAGAAAGAAAGAAAAGAAGGAAAAAAGAAACUGAUUUAGUGGAAGAGCACAAUGGUCACAUCUUCAAGGCCACUCAGUAUAGCAUUCCUACAUACUGUGAGUACUGUUCUUCUUUGAUAUGGAUAAUGGACCGAGCCUCUGUUUGCAAAUUAUGCAAGUAUGCUUGCCAUAAGAAGUGCUGUCUGAAAACCAUAGCCAAGUGUUCUAAAAAGUAUGACCCAGAGCUAUCAUCUCGACAAUUUGGGGUUGAACUGUCCCGUUUGACUAGUGAAGAUCGAACUGUUCCUUUAGUGGUGGAAAAGCUCAUAAACUACAUUGAAAUGCAUGGACUGUACACAGAAGGUAUUUACCGAAAGUCUGGUUCAACUAAUAAAAUCAAGGAGCUUCGACAAGGUCUAGACACAGAUGCUGAGAGUGUAAACCUAGAUGACUAUAACAUACACGUCAUUGCAAGUGUAUUCAAACAAUGGCUUCGUGAUUUGCCCAAUCCACUCAUGACCUUUGAACUGUAUGAGGAAUUUCUUCGAGCUAUGGGUCUUCAGGAAAGGAAAGAGACAAUCCGUGGUGUAUACUCUGUGAUUGAUCAGCUCUCCCGAACUCAUCUUAAUACACUGGAACGCCUCAUCUUUCAUCUUGUCAGGAUUGCUCUGCAGGAAAACACUAAUCGAAUGUCUGCUAAUGCUUUAGCCAUUGUGUUUGCACCCUGCAUUCUACGCUGCCCUGAUACCAUUGACCCACUACAAAGCGUGCAGGACAUCAGUAAGACUACCACUUGUGUGGAGCUGAUUGUUGUGGAACAAAUGAAUAAAUAUAAGGCUCGUCUCAAAGACAUCAGUAGCCUGGAAUUUGCUGAGAAUAAGGCAAAGACCAGGUUGUCACUGAUUCGUAGAUCAAUGGGAAAGGGGUAUCUUCGUCAAGGAAGCUAUGCAAGUCCAUCCUCUCCUAUUGUAGUUCGGUUGCCCUCUAUGUCUGAUGUCCCAGAAGAGACCUUGACUAGUGAGGCAGCCAUGGAGAUGGACAUCACAGAACAGCAGCAAGCAGCUAUGCAGCAGGAGGAGAGAGUGCUGACUGAACAGAUUGAGAACCUACAGAAAGAGAAGGAAGAGCUAACAUUUGAGAUGCUUAUACUGGAACCCCGUGCCUCUGAUGAUGAAACCCUUGAGUCUGAGGCCUCCAUUGGGACUGCGGAUAGCUCAGAAAACUUAAAUAUUGAGUCUGAAGGUGCCAUCUCUGAGAAAUCAGAGAGAAGCUUGGCUCUUAGCUCCCUGAGGGCAGCUGGCAAGUCUGCACCUUCUAGCAAGUUGAGAAAGCAGCUAAAAAAGCAGCACGACUCUUUGGAUUCAGUGGACUCUUCAGUCUCUUCUCAUGGGACCAGAAAACGAUUUCAGAUUUAUUCCAAAUCUCCAUUCUACCGAGCUGGCUCAGCUGGUGAGGCCCUGGAAAUGGAGGGACCAUUGGGCCUGACCAAAUCCCUAGAAGACAGACCUCAGUUCAUCAGCAGAGGAACCUUCAACCCUGAAAAGGGCAAACAAAAAUUAAAGAAUGUGAAAAACUCACCUCAGAAAACCAAAGAGACCCCAGAGGGGACCGUGGGGUCUGGCCACAGGAAAACUGUGGACCCAGACUGCAGCUCCACCCAACAGCCAGCUCUCUUUGGAAAUAAUGAGUUUAUGGUCUGAACUAGCAGAUGUAUAUUCCUUCAUAGCUGCAGAGUAGUAAACACAUCUCAUUUUUAGGCCUCUUCUCAUUGCCUCAUCCACAAUAGUCCAUUCUAAGUGAGGUCCAGCCUCUUUCCCAAGCAUACAACCAAGACCUGGUAUGCUAAGUUCCUGGACCUCCUGUGGACGUGGAAAGGCCUCUUUGAAGCCUGCCGGGAUGGUGCCAGCUGUGCCUUGGCUGCAGUAUUUGACCAGAGAUUUCACUAACAAAGCCACCUAGCUAGGACUUGGGGAUUUGGGUCAGUCGUGGAGGUCUUUGUAGUUGCCUCUCUUCCAUCCUCUUUCCAGAGGUGGGUGUGGAACUGGUGAGCACAUUGUGAGCCUGAGGGGCGCGUUGAUUUCUGGCCUUGGAAGAAAACAUGUAAAUCUUUCUUAACCAUGUAAGCAAAAGCCUUUCAGUUUAUUUUGGGAUAGUUAGGAGCUGGGGUAGAAUAUACUCCCCCCCACCCCCCAAGGAUUUAUAAAAAAAGGCUAAGCUCUCUAUUUUAAGAUUUUUUUGAAAAACACUUCAUGUUAUAUUCUGGGGAAAGUAAAAAGGCAAUUGUUUCCAUUAAGCCAUCAGAGCAUGUCCCAGACCUCUGGUUACACAAUGCC